AUGUAUCAUAUACUUAGAGUGUUAUUAUACAGGUUAUGGGUUGUAUGUACAUUCACCUUAUUUUCUAGUGCUUUAAUUUUUUGGUUUUAUGGAUAUUUUCUUGCGUUUAGUGUUUUUACCUUUGGGAUUUCAGGUAUACUUUACAGUGCCCAGGAUCUUCUUUUAUACUACCCCAAUGACCCUCCGGACUCUCGAGUGUUUGUCCUGCAGCCUAGUAACUACAAACUGCCUUAUGAAAGUAUAAAGAUAAAAAGUAGAGAUGGAUAUAGAAUUCACAUGUUUUUAAUAAAACAAGCUACUAACAGCAAUCAUAGGCCGACAAUGAUAUUUUUUCAUGGCAAUGCUGGGAAUAUGGGGCAAAGGUUGUCGAAUGUGUCUGGAUUUUAUCACAAACUAAACAUCAACAUACUGCUAGUGGAGUACCGCGGCUACGGUCUCUCCGAGGGCUCGCCCUCGGAGCAAGGUCUCUACAUCGACGCGCAGACCGCUUUCGAUUACCUCAUGCUAAGGAACGAUAUCGACCGUAGCAAAAUUGUAGUGUUCGGAAGAUCACUUGGUGGCGCCGUGGCCAUCGACCUGGCGUCUCGCUUAGAGUACAAGAACAAGGUGUGGGCUCUCAUCGUAGAGAACACCUUCACCAGCAUUCCCGACAUGGCCAAGAUAUUACUUAAGUGGAGAUGCUUGAAUUGGCUCCCGAUGUUCUGCCAUAAAAACAAGUACCUAUCGCUGCGGAAGGUGAGCGGCGUCUGUUGCCCCACGCUGGUGGUGUGCGGCGCAGGCGACGCGCUCGUGCCGCCAGGCAUGGCGCGUCGCCUGAUGCAGCGCUGUGGCGCCGCGCGCAAGCGCCUGCUCGUGCUGCCCGGCGGGGGCCACGACGACACCUGGACGCGCCCCGACUACUACCCCGCGCUGCAGGCCUUCCUGCGCGACGCACCCGCUCUCCCCGCGCCGCCGCCCGCCCUCGUGCACACCGUA